CCUAAAAACCAGCGGGGAAGGGGUCUUUGUGGCCCGGUUUGGGGCAGCGGAUGUCUUCUGUAAGACCCGCUCCUGCGCAUAUGGCCCCCAGACGCUCGGGUCGGGGCGGAACAGCCCUGUGGACUUUGGCCAUCUGAACUGAACAAUGGCCUUUGGCCUCCUCCGAGUCGUACGGCCUGCCAGGUUUUCGAGAAGGGGUAUUUAGAAGUUGCCCUGUAGGCAGCUCGUGGCAAGACAUCUGUGGCCUUCUCCAGGCACUCUGUGUAUGGAUCCUUUAGGAGAGCCCCCUGGCCACUGUUUGAGAGUCCCUAUGGCAGAACGGGGGAGUGAAAACGACCUGUGAUAGGGGUUAGGACCCCACGCUCUAUAGGAACGCAUAUGUUAAUGUCAGCUGUCACUUACGUAAGCUGAAGUGUUUCAGUGCGUGAAUUUACAGGGAGUGCGUAACAGUAAAAAAUCUUAAGGUGGCUCCUACUGUAAAAUGGUUUAUGGCCGGUUUGGGCCUUGCGCAGACUAAGACUAGCAAUAACCUGCUCGUUUGCUUUUAAUUGGCUUCUUUAGGAACAGAACUUGCAAAUUCUAUCUCAAUUAUAGUAUCUCCAUAUGGACUUCAGCAUAGCUAAGCAGCAAUAAUCUUAACUAAACCUUGCUCAAGUUUUCUGUGUCAAGAGCACCUUCCCCUUCUCCCUCCCCUCCCUCCGCCCCACAGGACGCUUUAAUGAUGGAUUUAUUUAGAAAUCUGUUCACUGUAGAGCCUAAUCACAGCCUACUUUGUAGCCAAACAGGGAGAAAAUUGAGUCAUAAUUAAAAUCCUCAAUUCACCUUAUAACUGAGUGGGGGGGGGGGGGGGGAACUUCAUGCCAGAGGAAGAAUGACUGAAACCUGAAUGUUUUUCAUAAUUUGGGUUGCAUAGGUUGAAAAUAGAGAAAAAUGGCUUUGGAGCUGGGGAGAAGGAAAAGAUAAGAAAUGCAGACAUGUAAAUAAAUACUAACUGUUGUUAGUUUUGUUUUGAUCGUUUGGGCGUUUUUGUUUGUCCUUAGAUAUGUGAGCAUUUUCAUUUCUUAGUAACGUAUAAUAAAUAGGAUUUUUGUGAGACCUGGAUCCCAAUUGGUUCAAAGGACAUACCAGGCACUAUUUUUGCGUAGUGUUUGUAUUUUGAAAACACAUUUCUGGAAAUGGAAUUGGUACUGGAUUUCUUUUUUUUUUUUAACUACUAGUUUAGCUCAUAUUGUACAAAAGUGUCAGAAAACUUCUUUUGUGAAAAUAUUUGCCGUUUAUAUGUUUGUGUAGAGGCAAUCAACACUGUUUUGUGUCAGUUUACAGAUCGGAAUACCACUAAUCCUUAGUGCUAUCUGCGCCUAAACUUCUCCUCUUGGUGUCAGUGAUUAAUGUGGAAAGUUUGUCUUGUCAAUUUUUUGCUCAUUGUUCGGAAACAAUAUGCUGAAAUAGAUAUGUGAGCUUAUUUUUAAAUAUCCCUGUUAAAGAGUGAAAACAUAUGCUGGGCUUUGAACUACUCUUAAUUCUACAGCUGUGCUUUACUUUCCUUGUUUUUCAGUUAUGCAUGUACCCGUUUGAACUCAGAAUUCCUGCAUAUAACAUCCAGCAACAGAAGCUGAUGCGGCAUUCUAAACGAACUCAUUGUCCUGAAUGGGACGAUAGAAAGAGCUGGGAUCAGAGAAACCACAGUAGCAGCCAUAAACGCAGGAGAAGGUCCCACAGCAGUGGACAAGAAAACAAGCACUAUAAACCACAUCACUUUUCAGAAAGUCAUUAUUUGGACGAUAGAGCCAUAAAUGAAAGAGACCAUCAUGACCGGAGAUAUGUUGAGGAAUACAGAAAUGACUUCUGUGAAGUAUAUGACCACAGGCAUUAUCACAGAGACUAUGAAAAGAGUCACCAUCAUCACUAUAGCAAAUCCUCUGGUCGGAGCAGGAAAAGUAGUCAUAAAAGGAAGCAUAAGAGACAUCAUUGCUCCAGUCACCAAUCACAUUCGAAGAGUCACCGAAGGAAAAGAUCCAGGAGUGUAGAGGAUGAUGAGGAGGGUCACCUGAUCUGUGAAAGUGGAGACGUUCUAAGAGCAAGAUAUGAAAUUGUUGCGACUUUAGGAGAAGGAGCUUUUGGAAAAGUAGUGGAGUGCAUAGAUCAUGAUAUGAGAGGAGUGCAUGUAGCAGUUAAAAUUGUGAAAAAUGUUGGUAGAUACCGGGAAGCAGCCCGUUCAGAAAUACAGGUAUUGGAACACUUAAAUACCAUGGAUCCAAGCAGCACUUUCCGCUGUGUCCAGAUGCUGGAAUGGUUUGAUCAUCAUGGCCAUGUUUGCAUUGUUUUUGAGCUGCUGGGACUUAGUACUUACGAUUUUAUUAAGGAAAACAGCUUUCUGCCAUUUCAUAUUAAUGACAUUAGAAAUAUGGCCUAUCAAAUUUGUCAGUCUAUAAAUUUUUUACACCAUAAUAAAUUAACUCAUACAGAUUUAAAGCCGGAAAAUAUCUUGUUUGUGGAGUCUGAUUACAUAGUGAAGUACAAUGCUAAAAUGAAGCGGGAUGAACGCACUUUAAAAAACACAGAUAUCAAAGUCGUUGAUUUUGGAAGUGCAACUUUUGAUGAUGAACAUCACAGCACAUUAGUGUCUACAAGACAUUAUAGAGCUCCGGAGGUUAUUUUAGCACUGGGAUGGUCACAACCUUGUGAUGUUUGGAGUAUUGGUUGUAUUCUAAUUGAGUAUUACCUGGGAUUCACAGUAUUUCAGACGCAUGAUAGCAAAGAACAUUUGGCAAUGAUGGAAAGAAUACUAGGGCCUCUGCCAGCUCACAUGAUCAAGAAAUCCAGAAAGCACUAUUUUCAUCAUGACCAGCUGGAUUGGGAUGAGCAUAGUUCUGCAGGUCGAUAUGUUAGGAGACGCUGUAAGCCUUUAAAGGAAUUCAUGCAUUGCCAAGACACAGAUCAUCAAAGUCUGUUUGACCUUGUUCGCAGAAUGUUGGAGUAUGAUCCAGCCAAAAGAAUUACCCUUGAUGAAGCCUUGCAGCAUCCUUUUUUUGAACCAUUAAAGAAGUAAAUUCAGAGAUCUUUUAUGCUUCUCCAAGGAGAUUACCUAGACUGUGUCAGUCAACAGAGAUUGCAUGAAACUUUUGUAAACUUUAAAUUAUUUUGUACAGUUAAGUCUGUAAAUAAUUACAUAUGUUUUGUAUAACUGUCACGUUUAUCUUGUUGAACAGUUGUAGUCUUAAUCAUGGGUAUCAAAAUGAAAAAUAAAAGAAAUUUUCAUUUU